GUGAAAGACGCUGCGCGCGCCUCUGCUCUUCCGUCCUCAUUCUCUUUUCGGUUGUCCCGGAUCAGUUAGUCUUCCUCUAACCAGGCUUCAUAUCUCCACGGACUUCCCCACCUUCCAUCGUUCUUUGGACCACGAAAGCAAACGAUUGCAUGUAUAUAGCGGUACGAGAUUCUCAGCAGAUGGAGAAAGUGCCGUGACUUCUCGACUUGGCCUUCUGUACAAUCACCCGAGCGAAAUGACGUUUAGUUUCACUUCGACCCUCCUUCUUUGAACAUUCGGUACGCGAAAACGAUCGGCAUCAACAAAAUAAAUAAAUAGUAAAUAAAAGUAAAUAGGACCAUAAGGGAAGAAAUGAAGCAGCAGAGAUAGAUAAGACAAAUGUGCUGUUAAAAGCAUUCUUAUAAAAAAGAGAUAAUUAUACGGUGUAUGAAUACGAAGUAACAAGAAAAGAUGCUAAUGUCAAUAGCAUUUUGGUUGUUAGUCAGCUUAAUUGCUUUUUGGAUUCUUCUUGGACCAGCUACGAAAGUUCUGCGUACUCUAUGGGAAAUUAUCAUACAGAUAUAUGAUAAAAAGUCAGUCGAUUUGCGAACAAAAUUUGGCGAAUGGGCUGUUGUCACUGGCUCAACUGACGGUAUUGGCAAAGCUUAUGCUAAAGAGUUAGCAAUAAGAAAUAUAAAUUUGAUUCUAAUUAGCAGAAAUUUAGAAAAACUUGAAUCGACGAAAGAAGAAAUACUACUAAUAAAUCCAAAAAUCGAAGUUAAAGUUAUAACGGCGGAUUUUACUGAAGGAGAAAAUGCUUUUAUCAAGAUUCGUUCUCAGUUGCAAGAUAUAUCGGUCGGUAUACUAGUUAAUAAUGUGGGUAAGCAAUAUGAAUAUCCCAUGUACGUUGGAGAGGUGCCUGAGAUGGAAUUGUGGGAUAUUAUCAAUGUGAACGUGGGUGCGACUACGUUAAUGACACGGCUAGUUAUCGGAGAGAUGCAGAAACGUGGACGAGGCGCGAUUGUCAAUGUCUCUUCCGGAUCUGAGUUUCAACCAUUGCCAUUAAUGACGGUAUACGCCGCCACAAAAGCGUACGUGAAGAGCUUUUCUGAUGCACUCAGGGCGGAAUACUCUAAACACGGCAUAACCGUUCACCAUCUGUCACCUCUUUUCGUCAAUACCAAAAUGAACGCAUUUAGCCAUAGACUUCAGGUUUCAAGUAUAUUUGUGCCUGAUGCCACAACUUAUGCAAGAAAUGCCAUCGCCAUUCUUGGUAAAAUGGAUAACAGUACUGGAUACUGGGCACAUAGUAUUCAGAAAUUCAUAACAUUAACAUUACCUGUAUGGUUCAGAAUGAAAGUUGGACAAAUAAUCAAUGAGAAUUUAAGGCAAGAUUAUUUUCAACAAAAAAGACAACAAAAAUUGUAAUAAUAUUAAUAUAAAUUAAGCAUUUUUCUUAAAUAUUUACAUGAACUAAUAUAAAAAUAAAUAACUAACAAAUUGCUGAUUAUUAUACUUAUUUUUAAUAUUAAACAGACAAAAUAAAGAAAUAUAUAUAAUUAUAAGUUUAUAAAUAUAAGAUAGAUAGAUAUAAUUAAGAUAUAGAUAUAAUUUUCUUAAGAUUGAUAAUACAUUCAAUAAACUCAACAUGUUUCUUAUAGAAUAUUAAAAAAGCAAAAUAAUUAUAUAAAACUCUGCUCGAUUUUAAGAAAUAUAUAAAAAUAAAUAUUACUGUUUAUAAACGAU